CAUACUUAGCCACUUCCCGUAUCCGAGUCUUUCUCCUGACGACUUGAAGAGCUGGUAUUAACUUUUCGACUUUUAAACAGCUACUCAGGCGGUCAAGUAAUAUGGAGGAGUCAAAAAUUUGUAGCUCGAUAUCCAGGUCUUCCAGCUACUCAAGCAACACCAUCACACCAGCCAGCUCUCCGUCAGCUGGUACCGGAGGACACCACGAUAUAUCGCAGCUACCACGUAUCGGAAUCCCGUCGGUUGACCAAGGAAGCCCCACUGAACGCACCAUGAGCUCCAAUCGACGCGCAUAUAUCCAUCCUGGAUACCCGUUUUUUGAUUUUCCAGAUAAUCCAGUGUCUCCAGUCACUCCUGACGACGAGUACGGAUUAGACGACAUAUCUGGAAGCCCUCCCCCACCUUCUUCCUCCCCGAUUGCAUAUCAAGAUUCAUCCCCUCGUGGGGAUGAAUACGAGGAGACGAUCUCUCAUUCCUCUUCUGGCUCUUGCAGAUACCUCCUGGAUCCCACUGCUCAUGCUGAAGCAGAGUCUGAUAUCUCGGACCGCCUGAGCACGAAACGUCGACUUCUUAGUGACGCUCAAGCGAACACUCCGUUUGUCCAAUUCAGUUAUCAAGGGGAUCCACCACCUUCCACUAGACUCCAGUUGGAGAAGAAGUCUAUAGUCGCGUCCUCUGAGCGGUGUUCGAGUUCUUAUCAUAUCAAGGCCCAUCCAUCGAGUCGUUCAAGGACCAGCAAGACCUUGAGAACGGCAAAGUCGUUAUCAAGACCCCACUCGACCGUUGGUGGCCCGAGCAAAGGAUGUCUUCACAAGCGCGGAACUCUCCUACUCGAACACCUAGGAGAAUCUGCGGAGCAGGAACCUCCGCCAAAGAAAGCCAGGAUCGGCCGUCUAGCCAGUCAUCGCACUGAUCUACCCAAGAUACGGACUGCUUUUUCGAAGGAACCAGCCAGUCUACGCAGAGCCCAGUCUCUCAUUUCCCAAACUUCCACUGAAAGGGACGAUGAGGACGUAGUCAAGGUUCGUUGAAACGAUUUCUUGUCAAAAUGCCCGUGGAUUUCCCGUCGGAUGCAAGUUGACGACGUGCAUUGAACAGCUUUUGGACGACCCGGACUCAGUUCUUUCAAACGCCGUGCACCGAACAUCCCGGCUCGAUUCGCCUAUAUACCCC